UUUGACGUCAAUUGCACGGUCCGCUGCCCAUAUUGUGAUACUGCCAUCUAUUGACAAGGCUGGCGAACUAAAGCCGGGCGGCUAUUUCCACUUUUGACACACCGUGUUUUGGAAUUGCUCGAAAUUUGGUAGGUAACAACUGGGACUGAUUUGUGAAAUGAUUGUGGCGGGUCGUGCAAAGCAGUAAAGUAGUGCUCAAUAAUCUUGCAGCGCUUUAAGCUUCAUUUUGAAUCACAUGCGCCACAAAUUUAGAGAUGAAGAAAUUGUGGCAGGCAUCAUCGGUAAGAAAUUAUCGGUGUUAAAUCUUUUCAAUACAAACAGAAUUUUUUAGCAUAUAGACUAUUUUCGAUGGUCAAAACUUAAAAAUUAAAUAAUUUCACACAUUUGUUCCAUUUUACUUAGCUUUGUAGCUUUCUUUUGAUAAGAUACAUUCUCUAUCUUCCCCUCCCUUCUGCUAGUUUCCUGUCAACAACCGAAACAGCAGAAAAAACGGCGGGGUUCAUUGGCGCUAUUUUCUACAAUUUUUCCUAUUUUAUGCUUAAUUUCCUUUGAUAUUUUUGGCUCAAUUAUUUUCAGGAAUAAGUGGAAUUAGGACUUGUUGCUGCCAUUUUAAGGAAUUCUUUUAGUGAUCAGUUUUGGUGGCAGUGAUGGUCCAAAGGCUCGCUCAGAAAUCGUCGUUAGACCUGUUGUGUGAGGUUGCGCUGGCGCCUGGAGACGCAAUAGUCUCCGAACUUGUGGCCAAUGACCUCAGGAUUGAAAAGGAAAAGGCGGCCAAGCGUUCCGGUAAUGGCGUACUGGACCUGGACGAGAUUCUCCAGCUCACGCCCAAACAGUUAGUGAAACACUUCACCCACUUUGAGUCCAACGAGCUGAAGCGGACGUUCAAGCACACGUGUCGUCUGGUGCCGUCCGAGUGCCAGUACGAGACCACCAGCUUCGGCAGCGAGGACAAGUCGCUGCGUGAGAUCAAACGGCAUCUGCAGGAGCACCUGGAACAACUCAAGACAGAGAGCACGGGCCGUAUAAAAUUCACGGCUGAAACUACUGUGCCUAUACCACGGAGGGUUAUCGAGUCGCGCCAAGGCAAAAAAUCACCGGGCAAGGCCUCUCGUGAAAAGCGGUCUUACAUUGCUCACGAGCUUGUUCCCCAAGCACCUGAAGCCCCCGACAAUCAUGCUGCUAGCCCAGAACGGGCAUAUGCUCAACGAUCGUCGCCGUCGGAGAGGCCGUCGAAACGAACUCCGACAAGGCCCAGGAAGCGCCCGGUGGAGUCGCCGCCGCCGGCACUGGUCAGUCCUCCGGAGCGGUCCCAGUCCCGCCGGAGGCGCACCACCGAACCGCCGCCGCCGCCGGCGCCGGUCCAGCCUCCGGCCGUGUCCCCGGCGCCCCCUCCUCCGGCGCCGCCGUCUCCGCCGCGAGAGCAGCUCCGCGAGCACGACUACGCGCGGGACUCCGCACUGGAGUCCUCCGCUGGCCCCUCGGCGGACUCCACGCCGACACCGCCGGAGCCGUCCGUCAACCCAGCUGAGAGCGAGGCGCCCACGGGUGCUGGCACAGCCGCUAACUCGGCGAUCCCGUUUGAGUCUGACCUAGCCCUGCUUGGUCUCAUGGAGCGGGAAGUGAUUGGACCGGGCUCGGACGACGGCCUCGGCGGCGGUGACGGUGCCGAGAGCAGCGACGGCGUGCCGCUGGUGGGCGCCGAACAGGUGAUCCGCGGCGGCGUGAUGCGCUCCGCGGACCUGCCGGUCAUCAUGGAGGGCGGCUCGGCGACCGUCAGCGGCCUGCGCCGCUACACCCGCGUGGUGGAGCGCGACGAGUAUAAGCAGCACCGUAAGCCCAAGGGGCUGGCCAAGUUCAUCAGCCAGUCGGAGGAGGACAAGGAGAAGGCGCGACAGGCGCUGAUCGAGAUGCGCCUCCGGCCCAGCAUGUGCAACAACUACGUGUGUCGCGUGUGCUUCCCGCCGCAGCGCUUCACGGCCCUGUCCUCGCUACAGUCGCACUACAAGAGCCACCUGGGCAUCAAGGACUUCUCCUGCAAGCUGUGCCACAAGUCUUUCACUCGAAAGAUGUCGCUCGACUACCACAUGCUGAUCCACGAGCACAAGACGCGGUUCCGCUGCAGCACUUGUGGCCACGAGUUCCGACACAAGUCGCACUACACCGAGCACCUGCGUCGACACACUGGCGAGACGCCUUACAUGUGCUCCGUCUGCAGCCAGGGUUUUAAGGCGAAGAACUCGUACCGUCGCCACCUGGAGUCGAAGCACGGCCAGCGUCUGACCAACAGCGGCAACAUCGUCAUCCUGUCCGAUGACGAGCACCGCCGGCUGCUGGAGCGCUCCCACCAGGAGGACCGAUCCAGGAGGCCGAGGGCCCGGCCUCGUUCGGACGACUAUCAGGCGCCGUCCAGUCCGAGCAAGAUGGGCUUCUCGUACGUGGACGUCGUGGUGCGUCAGUCGACGGGCCGUGUGGAAUACAUGUGUAACGUGGAGAGCAUCGUGCCGCCGCCGGGCCGUGACGUGCUGCAGCAGGUGGUGGACGCCACGGUGGCUGACGGACCGGGGGAGAAGCCGACGCUGGCAGAGCAGCUGCUGGACCCGCUGCCGCCGCUGGAGAUCCUGCCGCCGCUGCAGGACUGGGAGAGAGAGCUGACCCCGCUGGAUAAGUUCACUCCUGGCGCACCCUCGGUCGCCAAUGAUCGCAUGCAAAGGCCGCGAGUCAAUCUGACCAGCUCUCUUGGCAAGUACAACGUGUUCUACUCGUCGGGCAAUGUGUCCAGCAAUGUGCGUGUCGUCCAAAAGUGAGUGGGCGACAGCGCCGUGCGGGGUGGGAGGCACCCCCACCUAGGAAGCGUCCAUGUCUGAUAGACUACAUCAGCUGCGCGUGGUACUGUCGGGGGGCAAAGACAAUCCCCGUCGAGAAAGCUGAGCUGAAGUUGGAGACGGAACGGGAAACGUUUACAUUUUGAGGGUCGUAGAGCUUGACGGUCUGGAGAGAUUAGACGAGUAUCAAAUCAUGUAGCCAGUAUGCGGUGAUUUCGCGUAGCCAUUGUGUGUGAGAGUAUCGUGUUCUUCAUGAAGAGUCUUGCAGUUCUCUUUUGAUCAUCAUUCUUUUUAGGCGUUCUGGCUCGCCUGCGUCGGACCACAAAGCCACCCUUCAGACCCCUCGAAUCGACGCGUUGGUUGAUGCUUCAUAGGCGACUGAAUUUUUGGCCAAGAUGCGUUAUAUCGCAAUGUGUGCCAAAUUACUGAAGUGUUGGCGCUUCUCAGGCUGGCUGGCCAUAUGAUGCACAAUGGGCAUGAUGCAGACUCCAUCUGCCAUUGUAAGGUGUACGAUGUGAUGAACCUUUAAAACACGAACUUGAGUGUUACCAUGGGCUCAAUGUGGCUAUGCAGUGCAUUUCCUUGCAGUGUAACAAACUUUCCUUUUAGUUGUAUGGAGCGUCUUCCGAUUGUAUAUUUUAUAGUUUUGUAAUCAUGCAUUUCAUUGUAUAGCAGCAGUGUGUGACUCGGCGCGAAUCAUUGACACAUGGCUGUCACAUUUCCUACGGGCCGCUGUGAGUUUUGAUAGUUGUAUCGGAUACAAUCCCGAGGCUGAGGCUGGGUUCGGCCCGUGCCGUUCCGUCUGCCCGUCGGGCGUCCGGUGCUGUGCCGCGGGCAGUGCGGGCUCCGCUGUACGGGAAGUGCUCCACGAGCCCUCUGCCGCAUGACGAGUGCCUGAUCAAUGUCACUGUGCAUUCCGUAAUCAAGCGCUGUGCUGCUCGUGCCUUUUGCUGGAAGGAGGCGCCCCACCGCGCGGCAGCGUCCUCUCCAAGCGGCUUCGGUUUGGUGUGGGCGUGUGGUAUGCCAUCGCGGAGACAUUGUGUCACAUUUACGACUGCAAUGCUCGUGCAUUGUGUGUCACAGAAAACUGCGCUCAAUGUGUGAGGGCCGGGUGUGAGCUAGCAGGCCGUUAUUUUUGAUUGGUGCCGAAUGCUCUAUGGGGGGGGCGGGCGGAGCCGCGGAAGAAAGUGCACUGCGUGACAGUUGUAUCGACUUCCGUGUCCCUUUGGCCAGCAAUGGCGCGCGUGCCUCGGCGAUUGAAACCCGUGGAACACAUUUCCAUUUUCAACGGGCUUCCAUAAGCUAAAGUACCUCGGACCUCAUUGUCAAUUGUAAAGUUGUUUGUCACUUUGUAUCCACUUGUCAAUAUAUUUUGGAAAAAAUGUUUAGCCAUUUUCACCG